AACCAGAAUGGUUUUACAUGAGCUAAAUUUAAUUUAAGAUUUUGUUUGGUUUACUUUAUACGUAAGCUUUGCAUUUUGUUUAUUCCUAUUUACGGUACAACACCCAUCGACCAAAUGCAUAUACGUAAAAGAGGCAACAAGAAGACGGCGAGGUGGUUGAUGAUGAGGGAUUAGCAUCAUUUUCGCAAACUUUCUGCAUUAUCCCAUAUCCUCGUGCGUGAACAUAAAACGAGCCUAUUUAUUCAUUUACUCAACGUGGAUUCAGUUUUGAUUCGACUUAAGUUAUGGCCAAAUCUACCUGUCCGUCUCCUCUUCUGAAUAAUGUGGUCGUCUCAUCUCAUAUUAAGCAGCAGUCGUGUCAGUCUCACUUUGUUGUGCAAAGUUUCCUAAAAUAAUUUGCAUAUCUAGAAUAUUUAACAGUUAUCGUUUAAUUAAUACAAAAAUAAUCGGAACGCGUAGCGUUUAAAAGUUGUUGUUAAUCCUGGCUAAAAAAGGUGCAAUAAAAAUUCAAGUCAUGCCAGCCACAUCAGGAAAUCAAUAAUCAUCCAUAUCUCUCUAAAACAAAAGAUUUCGGGAUUUACUUAGGAACUCGUGACAUCAAAGCUAGAUAAUCUGCCAUUUCAUACAUACAAAGUUUUAUGAACUCGCAGUUUAACAGACUUUUGGACACAUUUACGAUUAAGUAGUCAGUCACAAAUCAGUUUUGUGAUUGUAAUUUCUUCUUGCCGAGUUUGAACACCAGCAGUAGAGUUAUAUCCACCAGUUGGAGAGGAACGUCAAAAAAUUCACCCGUGAAAUGUGCCAUUAACUUUCCUGUUAGUGCUGGUUUUUACCAUGACCGAAAUGGAGACGGAAUUAUUGUCGAGAUGAAUAAGAGAAGAUGAGCCUCGGAAACCAAAACUAUUGUCACGCAUUAGAACACCCGUAAAGAAAGUGCACUUAUAAAACAGCAGUAACUGACAACAGUCAAGAGCAAGAUUUCACAAGCAUGAAGUUGAACAACAAAGAAAAUCCAGUCAUUACUCGUGAAGAAAACAAUAAACACCCAGAAAAAAUGUCUACUAUUACCUGUGAAAAACAUGAAGAAAACGAGGAACGUUCAGUCAAAGGAGCUGAGAAGAAAUUCCUUCCAGACAAUGACAAAGAUGACGAGGACGAUGUAUUUGAAGUUAAAAUGCGGAAAAACAGAAAAAGUUCGAAUCGAAGUCAGAAUUGUGGUGGGGAUGGGAUUCGAAAUAAUUCCGUUACUUCGUCAUCUUCAUUUCUUAAUUCGAAGACAUAUUCAAGUUCCACUCUGAGUUUAAAUAAAGGCUCGAUUUUUCCCACGGGUCGGAAAAAAGAUUCAAUUUCCAUGUCCUUGUCGAGAGGCGGUGGGUCGGAUGGAGAGGACAAUGUUAAGAUUACUGGAUAUCUUGAGAAGAGAUCUAAACUGCUUGGUUGGAAAAAAUUUUGGUUCGUGCUGGAUGGGCGAUUGUUGGCGUAUUACAAGUCAAAAUCAGACUAUGAUGGUUUGUCAGUUUGCUGCGGAUCUAUAAAUUUAGGAAUAGCUUCAACCGUUAGACCAAUUCAAAUACGAGGGUGUAAAGGAUAUCCGAUACAGAUUGUGACCCGAUCUCAAGUCUACUAUUUGAAAUCCCCAGACAAACAGAUCUUGGAACAGUGGCUUCUCGCCAUUCAAGAGGCUGCAUCUUCACUUCCUUCCAAGAUAUCUUUGCCAGUCUUUUGUGAUCCUGGAUCACAGUUUUAUAGAUAUUCUUUCGCUGCUUCGUCUCAAUGGUCUUUAAACACAUCUUGUGACGACAUUACCGAAACCUUGAGUAAACUUCCACUAAACUUUUACUUGAAAGGAGCAGACCCAGUGAGGAACCUGCCACAGAAUAAUAAUUUGCAAAAGUGUCACAGUUUCGCAUCCUUACAAUCGCCUUCAUUAUACUCAACCAUGUCUACCUCCUACAAGGACAAACUGAACAAUAACUCCUCCAUGAAGAAGAAGAAGUCUGCUGCUCUCGAGGCGGAGGAUGUCUCAAAAAUCGCAGGAAAAUACCCAGCAGGGUGUCAAAAUCAACAACAAUCCUCCGCUGCUGGUGCUCUUAAGGAGGAACUCGUACGGAAAUUAUCGUCAAUUUCCGUGGGAAAAACUGGAGAAAGUGAAACGGUGAAGCCAUCAACGGUUUUGACCAAACCCAAGGCUAAAAGUGAAUUGCCAUUCUUAAUCAAUCCGCACCAGGGUGAACCCCAUUAUUACGAUGAGAUUGUGGAUUUUGAAGCAAUUUACGAAAAUUUCGAGUCAAACAGUGACUCUAGUGGUGAAAGCAGUGUCAGAAACAGUGUCAAGUCCGGUGGUGGUGGUGGUGGCGUCGAUUCAGCAACACUACUGACGAAAGAAAAGGAUGCAAAUUCCGAACAAACUACGCAAACUAAUGCAAACGCAGAAAAGGUUGUUCAUAUAAUCGAUACUGAAAUUUAUGAAAGCGUUGACUCGUCUAUCGAUGAAAACAAUGGAAGCAAUAACAAUGCCAAUAAUAAUCUAACAAAAGACGUGAAAAAUAAACAUAACUCUGAAAUACGUAUUAGUUCUGGUUCUAAUCACAAAUCAUCAGAGAGUAGCAAAAAUAGUAAAUCAAAGGACUUUAACACUGAUCAGGAACGGGAACGAAGUCAAUCGCUAAGUAUUAAUCACAAUUCUGGAUCGAAAAAGGGCAGUAAAAUUAUUGGUCCCAAAGUCACCACGGGUCAAGUUCAGCAACCAUUAUUCAUGGAACAAGAGAGAAAAUUGUCCAUCGAUUCAGAAUCAUCCAGUAUAACUUCAAGCAAAGAAAAUAUUUCUGAUGGGAAGUCCAAAAAACGAAAGAAUAAACCGUUUGGGGGCUUCUUUCACAAAAUGUUUCAUAAAAGUAAAAAGUCCAAGGAUAAAAAUGCACCAAAUUCUACGGGAAAUCUGGUCAUUACUGGUCCAAUUGAUCUCCGGAGCUUGCACAGUGAUUCUGCACUUAACAGGCCUACCAACUUGUCAAUUGAUGAAGCACGAAAAAAUAAUUCAUUAACUAGAAAUGCUUCGCCUGGAAGUACGGAAGAACAUAAUGUGAUUGACGAACUGAAAGUGAAAGUUGAACGAAAUCACCACGCUCUUCCCCUCACUUCAGUCGCAGACCAUAUUCUGUCCAAAGUUGCGCAACAAAAUGAUGAUGCUGAUGACACCGACGGUGGAGCUGAUAACAAUACAAAGAAAAGUGCAAUGGUGCAACGUUCCAACACCAUUACAAGCACCUGCCGACCCAAAAUUCCUCAAAAGCCAAAAAUAUCUCCUAUUAAUACCACUAGCAAUGCUAACGUUCCGGUCGCGGUAACCCCCUCAGACGAAAAUAACGACCUCUUCCUCACAGAACCUGUCGUUCAUCGGAGAAAGAACUCACAAUCUGAAGACUUUCAACAAAAACUUGCAAAAUUCAAUCGCUUAUCGGAACGACUCAGUUCCACUUUCGCAACUGCAUUGACUUCAACUCCUGCAACGCAAUAUACAGCAAUCGCGAGAUCUCGGUCAUUUAAAAUUCAGAAAGGAAAAGAUGACUGCCUUCCACCUUUACCCCCUAAAAAGAAAAAUUCCACUUCAAGCAAUGCAGAAAAAAACUUUUACGAUUAUCCCACAAAUAACCGUCCAGUCCCUCCAGUUAAGAAAGUGAAAGGUUCCCCUGUAUCCAAAAAUAAUAAAGAGGAAGCAACAACUGAACAAGUCGCCGAUGAUAAAAAUGACGACGAGGUAGAUUCUUCCAUAUCCAAGAGCUCUACGUUUAUUCGCAGUCUUCACAAGAAGAAUUCAGCCCCUGACAUAUUGUUUCCAAGCUCGAAUUCUGGUUCUGGAGAUUCUGCUCGAAGUUCUAAGGAGGGUGAGACGGACAAUGUCUUCGAAGAGAUUCUUUGCCCACCUCCCAUUCCCCCAAAAGUCAAAAGCAGUCCAAAUUUAGGAAGCCCUUCUCUCCCCGUGAGGAGCAUUAGUCCAACUCCAGUGAUACAGGAAUAUCAUGUUCCUUCGUCCUCAAAACCAGUGAAAACUGGUGAACCACCAGUAUUAAUUUGCGAUGUGACAUCGUCACCAACUGACAACAAAGCUGAUGUUGCGAUAAAAUCCCUUGAUACCCACAAAACUUCUGAUACUUUGACUCCAGUUGUAGCCGAUUCAACUAUGAGACCAAAUUCCCCCAAACCAGAACUACAGGUAUCACCUGAAAUUAAGGAGGAUGCAAAAUCAAUUACUAUCGUCCAAGAACAAAAAACCCCAAUAGAAAAGAAUGCGGUUUAUCAAAACUUAAAAUUUGCUACGGUGAACACUCUAGUCCAAGAAUAUGAGACGGUGGAAGAAACUGAAGAUGAAAUUGCCGAAAUGUAUGACGACUUUCCCUCCGAAUAUUCUGGGGGUGGUUCCCACACAUACGAAUCCAUCGAUAGUCCCUUACCUCAGGAACACCACACUAAUUUUACAACCACCCCAAAACUUAUACGACACUCAGGAAUGGAUGAACUCCAAACAUUUUUAAAUUCAGAGAUUACAACAUCAUCAUCACCACCUGGGGAGUAUUCCUUCCCCACAGAAAAAGCUGUAUUUCAUCACUACGAUAACGUCGAUGAGGGCGAUGAUGUUUUUGACAGGUCAAAAAAACUACCACCCACGCCCACGCAGAUCAGAGCCGGCGCUGUCAGUAGACUUGGACAUAGCUCAGCAAUCGAUCAAUUAAAGAAAAUGGUUAAUAAUUAAGUGCUAAUUGUGCAAGCAGUGAUGUACCAUAUAAUACAAAAUUUUGAUUUUUGCAGUGUACUUUAAUUAUUCUGUAACAUCAUUUAUUAUGUCACAUAAAUAAUGAGAGCCAUUGUGUUAAUAAAUUCUUGACUAUGCUAUUUAUUCAA